AGAAGAAACGAGGGAAUACCAAUGACAGGGGAGAUUCCUGAGCGUUUGUUCUAUAAACAAUCCUAACUUCUAAAAUUAAAUCCACUUCGUUGCGUUCAAAGAUAAUUAAUCUACGCUUGGACACGCCCUUAUGACGUCAGACUGACGUGUGUUAAAAGCCGGCGCGAGGACUCCGGUGCUCCCAAGCCACCGCGCGCAGCCCGAAGAUGGUGCAGCCGCUCGUCCUGACCGCAGCGCUGAUGCUGACCUCCUGCCUCGCAGCCAGACUCUGGCUAAAGAUGAUCUGGCUGCCUGUCCUCACCGCAGUGAUGAUGAUGAUGAUGCUGACCCUCUUCAUGACAGCUAGACGCAGAUCCAACAGAGAGCCUCCUCUGGACAAAGGGCUCAUUCCUUGGCUGGGCCAUGCUCUGGAAUUUGGAAAAGACGCCUCCAAGUUUAUUAAGCGAAUGAAAGAAAAGCACGGAAACAUUUUCACUGUGCGUGCUGCAGGUCGCUACGUGACCUUGCUUCUGGAUCCCCACUCCUACGACGCAGUCAUCGGUGAUUCAGAGUCUCUGGACUUCACUCGCUACGCACAGGUGCUCAUGGAGAGGAUCUUUGACCUGCAGCUUCCGCACAACCAGCCGGAUAAAGUCAAGGAGAUGAUGAAGAGGCACUUCCUGGGAGUGAAUUUGUCCAGGCUCAACAGCACCAUGAGCAGACACUUGCAGGCCGUCCUGAAAGCUGAGACGCCUCAGAACCAGCGGGACUGGAAAGAGGAGGGACUCUUCGACCUCUGUUACAGAUUACUCUUCAAGGCGGGCUAUAUGGGCCUGUUCGGCGGGGAGAAGAACAACAACAGCGUGGACCCCUCCAGCAUCUAUGACGAGUACAAGAAGUUUGACAGCCUCCUAACCAAAAUGGCCCGAGGCACGCUAAAAGCAGAGGAGAAGAAGGCAGCAACGGGUUUGCAGAGAAAGCUCUGGGAGCUUCUGGCUCAGGCCGGUCAGACCGAGGACUGCGGGUCAAGCCCGUGGCUCCACGCCUACAGGCGGCUCCUGGAGGACGAUGGGGUCGAUGAAGAGACACAAAGAAAGGCCAUGCUGAUGCAGCUCUGGGCCACACAGGGUAAUGUUGGUCCUGCAGCAUUUUGGCUCUUGGGUUACCUGUUGACAAAUCCUGAAGCUCUGAAGGCGGUUCAGAGGGAGUUUGGCCAAAUGAGACAUAUGGAGACUUUCAGGACAACUUCCACGGACAGAUCUGUCAACACCCCAGUAUUCGACAGCGCCUUGGAAGAGACUCUGAGACUCACUGCUGCCCCCUUCAUCACAAGAGAAGUGGUUCAAGAGAAGAUCCUCUGCAUGGCUGAUGGCCAAGAGUACCUGCUAAGAAAAGGGGACAGAUUAUGUUUGUUCCCCUUCAUCAGCCCUCAAAUGGACCCUGAGAUUUAUCACGAGCCGCAGAAAUUCAAGUACGACCGCUUCCUGAACGAGGAUGGAUCAGUAAAGAAAGACUUUUAUAAAGGGGGGAAGAAGCUGAAAUAUUACACCAUGCCAUGGGGGGCGGGCACCAAUGGCUGUGUGGGAAAGUCCUUUGCCAUCAGCACCAUCAGACAGUUUGUCUACAUGGUGUUGACUAACUACAGUUUGGAACUCUGUGACCCAAAUGCUCAGUUACCAGAGAUAAAUGCCAGCCGCUAUGGAUUUGGAAUGCUACAGCCCGAAGGAGACUUGCCUGUGCGAUACAGACCCAAAAAUGCACACUAGAGAAGCAGGGAUUCUCUUUAAACACAUUUCUGACCAAAAGAACUGUAAAUAGCUUUGAAAUACAUGUUUUUUAUAUAUAUAUUUAUACAUUAUAAGUACUUUUUCUAUUUAUAAUAAAACAUUAAAAUGAUUUUUUACACUGUUGUUAGGCUUUUUUGUGAACUUUCUUUAUUUCCUUCAGACUCCUUUUUGGAAGAAAAAAAACAGUCCUUUUUUAAAACUUUAGUGUUCAAAAAGUGAAAGACUUUCAUCAUGGUUCACUGAAACAACCAGCUAAGGUGCAUUAAAUGCACAUACUGUCUUUUCUGGCACAAACAUGACACAAAAGGGUUUUUUUUUAAAACCCAUCCACUAAAAAGUGUGUUUUUAACAUGUUAUUGUUGCAUAUUUCUGAUGA